AUCACUUCCUGUUGCUUUCGUACCACUUCCGGUUACCCGAAGCUUGUAAACAAGAAUCCUCAUCGCUUGCAACAGACGUCUUUUGACAUGUUGCUAUUGAAAGGGUGGCGAUACGCCCUUGUUGUCGGUAGUUUAGUGGGUCUUACACUAGCUGCUGCUUAUCCUAUUAUUAUUGAUCCGUAUUUCAACCCUCGUAAAUGGCAGGAAUUACAAAAAGCUGCAAGAAAAGGAAUCGACAGAGAAAAAAUUCAACCUGGAGGAAUGAAAGUGUGGACAGACCCAUUUGCAAAGAAGGAAUGAGAAGGGAAAUAACUCAAAGAAUGUGUGAAAUGUUGAAACGUAUUAAAAUAUGACUGUAGUGGCAGCUAUGCAGGUUGUUUUGUAUUGUUAAUAAAUCAUUAUUUAUAAAUUAACAAGCUGAAAUGUUUUUUUGAUUUCUUCUAUGAAACAAAUAAUACAUGAAAUUAAAGGAUCAGUCUGCUAGUAACAGCAGCCAAAUCGCCCUUAAAUCCACCAUUAGGAAGGACUUGCUUGAUAAUGUAGUUCUAUCUAUGUAUAAAAUGACAGGAUUACCAUUGAUGGAAUGUCUGUGAUUGUAAAUCUACUCAAGAAUAAUUGAUUGAUUGUUUUGUUACCAUAUUUCUGUUGAAAUACAGUCUUUAUUUCAAUUGAUUUUGAAAAUAAGGAAGAAUUUAUUAAAAUGACUUUGUCAUUAUUAAGUUGGUAUAAGACAGUGAGCUAGCUGAAUCAUUACUUUGCCAGACAAAAAGCUUACCCCAGCAUUUCUUGUCUUUACAUUCUGAGUUCAAAUGCUGCCAAGGUCAACUUUGCUUUCAUUUUUUUUUUUUUGUUGGGAGGAGUCAAUGAAACAAAAACCAGUUGAGCACUGGGAUUGAUGUAAUCGUCUAUUCCCCCCACUCCCACCAAAAUUUAGGCUUUAUACCUUCAGAAGAAAGGAUUACAAAACUGGUGUUUGGAACAAAUUUGCAUGAAACUUUGAUGGGCAGUUUUUUAUUUAGAUCCCUUUAAAACAAGGAGUUUGCAUCAUAAAUCUCGGGAGCUAAAAUAAAAUGGCUAAAUGCAAUUUGAAAUUUUCUCUUUCUCUCUCUCUUUUUUUUUUUUUUUGGACAACUCAACUUCUGCAUUCACUGUAUUUCCAGAAUGUAAUUGAUUCAUAAUAUGGAAGUGUUGCAAAAAUGGUGAUAGUCACUUUCAGCUUAUUUUUAUGAGAUUAUAUUAUGUUUUUUUUUUAUCCAGUUAUCUUGCAUGUGUCAAAUGUAAGGUGAACCUUAAGACUGUUUAUACAAGAGACCAAUUUAGUCCUAAAGCAAUACCAGAAAACUUCUAGGAUGCUAAGUUUAAUGCACUACCCAGUUUAACACGACAACUUGAUUCUUGUAUAUCUUUAGUUAACUUAAUUGCAAACAUUCAUAUCAAAUCUUCGUGUCUACAUUUAUUUUUCUACAAACAUUAACUUACACUAAGUUCAGGAAUGAAUUUAUGAUGUAGGCAGAGAUUCAUCAGAGCUCAGUCCUCUGCUUUUCCUGUUUAUUAUAGUCCUACAGGUCAUAACAUAGGAGUUUAAAAUUGGUUGUCCAUAGAAAUCCUAUAUAGGAUCCUCCUUUCAAAAUCCUGUGAUCUCACCCACCCACUCAUCCUCUCCAAUUCCUGGUCCACUUGACCAUACACAUCUCCCUGUCUCUGUCCCUUUCUUGUCGCAUUUUCACCAUCUUUCUCACUUCUGUCUCUCUAUCUGAAGUAGUCAUGUUUUUAUUCUAAUGCAAGACACCUUUUCUGUCCUUCAGUAUGACUACCCUCAUUUGAGGGGUCUUGUCCUGCAAGUUACUUGGUGAUCCCAUUACUGCUGGUGCUAUGUAAAAUGCACCCAGUACACUCUGUAAAAUUGUUGCAUUAAGAAAGGCAUCCAGCUAAAAAAACUAUGUCAAAUCAGACAGCAGAGCUUGGUUCAGUAAUCUGACUUGCCAAUUCCUGUCAAACAUUCCUACCUAUGCGAACAUGGAAAAAUAGAAGUUAAAUGACAAUGAUUGCAUCUUACUGCAAGAGACCUUGGCUUAAUUUAGUCUGUGCAAGAAAAACCUGGAAAUCAUUUUCAUUAUCAAUACUCCCUGUUAUACUAAUUCUCUUUCACAUAUAUCUCUCACUGCUUUAUUAUUCAUUCUCUCUCAUGUUCACCUUGUACUUUGUGGAUAUUCCCUCAUCAUCAAAGAUAGCUCUCUCUCUCUCUCUCUCUUCAAGCUGAGGAAGCCAUGCACCUGUUCCUGUCCCUCAGUUGAAGAGUCUUGAACCAAAAUGCACAGGCAACACCUCAGUGGCCCACCUGUUAUCAACUCUAUUCUUAAUACUAAUUAUCUCUAUAAUGCCUUCAGUUAAGAUAAAGAUAUUGCAUCAACUUAUGUAGGUUAUUUAAUAAUCCUCUAUUUCAGAGUAAAUCCCCUCUUCAAAUAAAACAAUGAAAAUAAUCAAGAAAUUUGGAGAAGCUAAAAUGGAAAAGUGAACACUGAAAUGACAAUGAUGAAUAUGAAGAUGGUAUAUAUACAUUGUGACCCAUUGGGUCACUGGGGAACUCUGAGUUUCCCAGCAACGGAGUUUUGUUUUGUGGGUUUUUUUCUUUUUCAGGUUAUUUCACAUGCUUUCAAUGAAUGUGACAUCAAAAUCACAUAUAAACAGCUCCUUUCCCCAGAAAAGGUAAGAUUUGGCUGCUAUUUCUUGCAUGCCCAGCUACCACGUAACAGGUAUUUCGGGUUCUUUAUCACAAAUAGUUGUUACAUGGUAGUAGGGCAUCUAGAAAUAACAGCCAAAUCGACCUCCCUGCAGCCAUCUGGUCGAUCCAGAGCUCACCAUCUCACUUAGAACAUGGAUGUAAUUGUCAGUAUUCAGCCUGAGGCUCUCAGCAAAUAAGCUGGGUGGCAUGAUGUCACCUUCACUGCUGACGACACUAAAGACUAUGAUUGUCACUGGAAAUUUCGUCUGCAUGACUCUGGCCACAUCCAUUGGGUGAGACAGCAAGCCACCUGUUGUUCUGGGAGCUGGUCUUCUGGUCAUGGCAGAAAUUCUUCAUGUUAGAAAAGAACCACAGCAUGUCUGGCUCCAGCAGGUAUUUCAGCUUAUUUAUCAGCCUGGUGUGCUUGAGUUACUUUUCCUGCAUUACCUUAGACUGAAAAUUGUCCCUUCCUCCUCUUGUAUG